AACCCAAUAACUUUCAGGUGGUUCGGCACUGCGUUCAUCACAGUCGUGUGAUCUUGACUCCAACUUUGCUCCUCUAGUUCGUCCUAAUCCCAACUCACCCUUGCCAUGUCGCCCUUCCGGUAUUCCAAAGUGAGCAGCGAAAGCUCCCAAGACAGUUCUCUCGAGCAUCAACGCGUACCUCCUCGGCGAAACAGGUGCUGUUCAAUCUUUGAAAAGUUGGAAUUUCUCCGCUGGCCCGUCACAUUCUUCUUGCUAUUCAUCAUACUGCUAUGCGAACUCUCUAUGCUUCACAAUCGACCAAAGGCAGUACCAGUAGGAACAGAUUUCAACAGCAUUGUUCCCGUUUUUUCAACCGAAAAGAAGAUUUUCCGUAGCGACAAGGGAUUCAGAUCCGACCACAGGACAAUGGAAUCUGUCAACAAAACAAAACAACAGUGGGCUGAACUCCUCCCCCUCGGCGCCGGCUUCAUGGAAGUCCCGGACUACAACUCGUACACCCUCCCCCCUCCCAUGCACUUCCCCGAAGCUCCGGGGAAAGAAGUCUUCUCCCUCGCCGUCUUCCACGAGCUGCACUGUCUCAUGCACAUCGCCGCCUCCAUGGAUGACCUCGUCAUGCAAAUCCGCAGAAAAGAUUUCAAGCUCGAUGAAAGUUUCCUAUUGCAUAACGACCACUGCUUCGAUUAUAUACGGAAUGCUAUCAUGUGCUUUGGAGAUACGACGCUGGAGGGACAGACCAGGACGCCCGGACUCGAGCAUGUGCCGGGUACGGAUGGUACAGGGGCGAUUCAUGUUUGUCGGAAUUUUGAUGAGGUUUCGGCGUAUGCGGAACAAAAGAGGUUGAAUGAAGGGAGGGAGCAUCUUUGAGAUCUGGAGCGUUGUGUUGUAUAUGUCUUGUUGUUGAUAGUGUAGGGUGUAAGGGAUAUCGUGGCAAUGCUUUCGUUUCGCUUGAGUAAAUAGUAGUACGUACAUACAAUAUGUUCUUUUGAAGCAUGAAAAGUCCA